UCCUCCUGAGGCCUCGUGCCCGCGAGCCUGAGAGCCGCCAACCGCCUUCAACCUUGGCCGUGCUUCCUGCGCUCUAGCGCAGCCAUGUUCCUUCUCCUUGCCCUGCUCGCUGAGCUUGGAAGGGUGCACGCCCGCCUGGAUUCUGAAGGGGUAUUCCUGCAGGUCACAGUUCCACGGAAGAUAAAGUCAAACGAGAGUGAAGGUUUAGAGAAGCAGGUGAUUUAUAUCAUUACAAUUGAUGAAAAACCGUGUACUCUGCAUCUCAGAAAACACUCAUUCUUAUCCCAGAACUUUUUGGUUUAUGCAUACAGUGAAAAUGGAUCUUUGCAUGCUGAGUCUUCAUAUUUUAAGAUGCAUUGCCAUUACCAGGGAUACAUUGCAGAUUUUCCAAAUUCAGUUGCGACACUCAGCAUCUGUUCUGGACUCAGGGGAUUCCUUCAGUUUGAAAAUAUCAGCUAUGGAAUCGAGCCGUUGGAAUCUUCAGCAAGAUUUGAGCACGUAAUUUAUCAAGUGAAAAAUGACAAUCCAGACAUACCAAUGUUAUCAGAAAAUUACAGCAAUAUGUGGCAGAAAGACAAGCCCUAUAAGGUUCAUUUAAGCUCACAGAAGAAAACUCUUUCAAAACUAUUACCCCAAUAUCUAGAAAUGCACAUUAUAGUGGAAAAUGCUUUGUUCAAAUUGACUGUGAUACUGUCCUCCUUGGAACUGUGGUCAGAAAAAAACCAAAUUUCAGCCAAUGGGGAUGCUGAUGAUUUAUUACAAAGAUUUUUGGCAUGGAAACAGGACUAUCUUAUCCUACGGCCUCAUGACAUAGCAUUCUUACUUAUGUAAGCACAAUGUUCUACAUUAAUAAAGAGAUAUACAUGAAGGAUUCCA